CUCUCAGACACUCGAGUGGGAGGCUUCGGGUCUGAGUGUUAACUGAGAACUUGCACUGUUGCAGUUAACCUUCAAAGAGACAGCAGAGCUUUGACACUGGGGUUGACCGGAUCUGGGAAGACGUUACCCCGAUAAUCUGCAUCCUUCAGGGCCCAUCAUCUAAAAUCAGGAUGGAAGCCCGAGGAGAAAAACCACAAACUUGUGGGACUAUUUGUCUGAAAUAUCUACUGUUUCUCUUUAAUAUUCUUUUUUGGCUGGCAGGAGGGGCCGUGCUUGCAGUGGGUGUGUGGACUCUGGUGGAGAAGAGCGACUACAUCAGUUUACUCAACUCAAGCUUCUACUCGGCCUCGGCUUAUAUCCUGAUAGCUGCUGGAAUCAUCGUGAUAGUGACUGGGAUGAUUGGCUGCUGUGCUACUCUGAAAGAGAUGAAGAGUCUUUUGAUUGUGUAUUUGGUCUUGCUGCUCUGUAUCUUCCUGCUGGAGAUCAUUGCUGGAGUAAUGGCCUACAUAAACUACCAAGAGUGUUUCCCUCUCUGCUACCAGCUGGAUGAGGAGCUCAGACAGAACCUAAUGGUGACCAUGCAGCAGAAAUACCAGCAGCCUGGAGAGGAAAGUGUCACACAGGCUGUGGAUAAACUUCAUCAGGAGUUUAAGUGUUGUGGCAGUUACAACUCCUCAGACUGGAUGGACAGUGUGUGGAUCCAGGAUACACACAACGAGCGGCUUGUCCCUGACAGCUGCUGUAAAACUCCCAGUGACCUCUGUGGUCGCAGGGACCAUCCGUCCAACAUCUACAAGGUGGAGGGAGGCUGCAUUAUGAAAUUAGAGGAGUUCAUCCUGAGUCAGUUGUAUAUCCUUGGUGCAGUGGGCAUUGGGAUUGCAUUUUUACAGCUUGUGGGGAUGAUGUUUACGUGUUGCCUUUAUCAAAAUUUGAAAGAAGAUCCAUACUGAUGUUUGAAUUAUUUAAAAUCAUAAAACAAGCCACAUCACUACAUGUAAAAUAUUGGAUCAGGUAUUUUGAUGUCUAAAAUGUACACACAUCCAAAUACUGUUAAGUUGCCAAUUAAAAAAUAGUGAAUAAAAAUGCACAAACAUAAUGAGUGCUAUAUUGCUGCUGGGCAGCACGUUUCUUUGUAUGGCAAUACCCUCCCAAUGUAUGCUUAAAGUAUAUCUCCUUUAUACCAACACAGUGUACACUAUGGAUCUGUAACAAAAAAGAGCAACUGAAAUGAGCAUGCUUUGGUUAUUUUUUCAUUCAGAGUUUGUCUUGUUGUGUAUCCAGUUUGUCUGUAAUGUAUGCUCUCAAAUGCACAAUUUAAAAUUUAUCUCCAUCUCCAACGGAGAAGCAAAUAAACAUCUUGACUUUUUUCCAGCGUGA